AUGGUCAUCUCUGCUUUACCGCCAGUGUGGAUGAACCUCAUCAUGGCUCCUCCAUCACUGAUAAUGAUGGCGGCUCCACCAGUGAUGGCGGCGGCUCCACCAGUGAUGGCGGCGGCUCCACCAGUGAUGGCGGCAGCUCCACCAGUGAUGGCGGCGGCUCCACCAGUGAUGGCGGCGGCUCCACCAGUGAUGGCGGCGGCUCCACCAGUGAUGGCGGCGGCUCCACCAGUGAUGGCGGCGGCUCCACCAGUGAUGGCGGCGGCUCCACCAGUGAUGGCGGCGGCUGGCGGCGGCUCCACCAGUGAUGGCGGCGGCUCCACCAGUGAUGGCGGCGGCUCCACCAGUGAUGGCGGCGGCUCCACCAGUGAUGGCGGCUCCACCGGAUCGUAA